CAUCUGCCGCAGCUGCCGCUGUGACCACACUCCGCUCGACACCAUGACAACCGCGGCAAACGCACGGCGAGCCCCCGGCCCUGCCGCUACACCAAUCAGGGAGGAGUGAGCAGAGCACUGCAACCUGUGUGGGGUGAGACGAGCGCAGGAUAACAGAACAGAGCUAGAACACCACAGACACCACUUCUUACAGAGAGAGAGAAGAUACCCAGCCAUUUAUCAGUCUCUUAUCUGAUGCUAGAGAAAACCUCCUGGAUUAUCAGUGGUGCUCUUGUUAUUUUACCCCGCAGUGGGGAGGAGUAUAGGGAUGGAGAUUCUGGGUAAUCAGCCUUCCCUGUUCCCGAUUCGAGUUCUCUGCUCCAUGGUGGGAGCUGAGAGACGUCUCUUGGAGCCACAGCCACCGACCAUGAGGAUUGGAUAAGAAUCCCACUAAUUCUAACAGGACCACCCAAUCACCAUAAAAAAAUGAUCUAGAAGUAAUCAGAAAAGGGACAGACUGGUAGGGAAACACAAAGAAAUCGAGAAUGUAGAAAAUCUGCAUCAGAUUCCAAUCUCCCAGUAGGUCGCGAGUGACGCUGACUGUGUGCACAUGAUGAAUCCCAUGGCCCAGCUGUACUACAAGAAGGCGAGCUACUCACCGUACCGCGACCGCAUCCCACUGCAGAUCGUGCGGGCGGAAGCGGAGCUGUCAGUGGAGGAGCGGGCGUACCUGACGGCGGUGGAGAAGGGCGACUAUGCCGGGGUGAAGCUGGCCCUGCAGGAGGCGGAGAUCUACUACAACAUCAACGUGAACUGCCUGGACCCGCUGGGGCGCAGCGCUCUGCUCAUCGCCAUCGAGAACGAAAACCUGGAGGUGAUGGAGCUGCUGCUCAACCACGGCGUGCACGUGGGCGACGCGCUGCUCUACGCCAUCCGCAAGGAGGUGGUGGGCGCCGUGGAACUGCUGCUGUCCCACCGCAGGCCCAGUGGAGAGAAACAGGUGCCCAACCUGAUGAUGGAUACCCAGUUCUCAGAGUUUACCCCUGACAUCACACCCAUCAUGCUGGCAGCUCACACAAACAACUACGAGAUCAUCAAACUGCUGGUCCAGCGCAAAGUCACCAUCCCCCGGCCACACCAGAUCCGCUGUGACUGCGUGGCGUGCGUGUCCAGCUCAGAGGUGGACAGCCUGCGCCACUCCCGCUCCCGCCUCAAUGUCUACAAGACCCUAGCUAGCCCGUCCCUCAUUGCCCUGUCCAGCGAAGACCCCAUCCUGACCGCCUUCCGCCUGGGCUGGGAGCUGAAAGAACUGAGCAAGGUGGAGAAUGAGUUCCGUCAGGAGUACGAGGAGCUGUCCCAACAGUGUAAGCUGUUUGCCAAGGACCUGCUGGACCAGGCCAGGAGCUCCAGAGAGCUGGAGACCAUCCUCAACCACCGUGACUACCUCAGUGAGGAGCUGGACCCAAAGGACUGCCGCGACCUGGCCAAGCUCAAACUGGCCAUCAAGUACCACCAGAAAGAGUUUGUGUCCCAGCCAAACUGCCAGCAGCUCCUGGCCACCCUGUGGUACGACGGUUUCCCUGGGUGGCGCAGACGCCACUGGGCGGUCAAGCUGGUCACCUGCUUCACCAUCGGCCUGCUCUUCCCCAUCUUCUCCCUGGUCUACCUGCUGGCCCCUAGGAGUGGCCUGGGCCUCUUCAUCAAGAAGCCCUUCAUCAAGUUCAUCUGCCACACAGCCUCCUACCUGACUUUCCUUUUCCUCCUCCUCCUGGCCUCCCAGCACAUCGUGAGAACAGACCUGCACGUCCAGGGCCCGCCACCCACCGUGGUGGAGUGGAUGAUCCUUCCCUGGGUGCUGGGCUUCAUCUGGGCUGAGAUAAAGGAGAUGUGGGACGGCGGCUUCACUGAGUACGUCCAUGACUGGUGGAAUUUGAUGGACUUUGCCAUGAACUCUCUCUACUUGGCCACCAUCUCACUCAAACUAGUUGCUUACUUCAAGUACAACAGCUCUCGGCCGCGGGAGGAGUGGGAGAUGUGGCACCCAACGCUGAUAGCCGAGGCCCUGUUUGCUAUCGCCAACAUCUUCAGCUCCCUGCGCCUCAUCUCCCUGUUCACAGCCAACUCCCACCUGGGACCUCUGCAGAUCUCCCUGGGACGCAUGUUGCUGGACAUCCUCAAGUUCCUCUUCAUCUACUGCCUGGUGCUGCUGGCCUUCGCCAACGGGCUCAACCAGCUGUACUUCUACUACGAGACCAAGGCCUCGGACGAGCCCAACAACUGCAAGGGCAUCCGCUGUGAGAAGCAGAACAACGCCUUCUCUACGCUGUUUGAGACGCUGCAGUCCCUGUUCUGGUCCAUAUUCGGCCUGCUCAACCUGUACGUGACCAACGUGAAGGCACGCCAUGAGUUCACAGAGUUUGUGGGAGCCACCAUGUUCGGUACCUACAACGUUAUCUCCCUGGUGGUGCUGCUCAACAUGCUCAUCGCCAUGAUGAAUAAUUCCUAUCAGCUCAUCGCUGACCAUGCGGACAUUGAAUGGAAGUUUGCCCGCACCAAGCUGUGGAUGAGUUAUUUCGACGAGGGAGGAACUCUCCCGCCGCCCUUCAACAUUGUCCCCAGCCCCAAGUCAGUGUGGUACCUGUGUGUGUGGACGUACAACCGCCUGUGUGGAGGGGACCAGCCCAGCCCUGACGAACUGAGGAAACACGAGAACUUAAAGGAGUUCACGGAGCGUCAUGCUGACAACCUGAUUCAGAACCAGCACUAUCAGGAGGUGAUCAGGAACCUGGUAAAGAGGCAUGUAGCAGCCAUGAUCCGCAGUGCUAAGACAGACGAGGGACUGACUGAGGAGAAUUUUAAGGAGCUGAAGCAGGACAUCUCCAGUUUCCGCUAUGAGGUGUUGGAUCUGCUGGGGAACAGGAAGCCCCCGCGGAGAACCUAUUCAUCCAGCAGUGAGGCCACUCAGCAGGACGAGGCCAACAAUGAGGGGGAGGGAGGGGCCGGACAGGGUCAGUCCAGGGACCAAGGGGCCAAGGGGGUGUCCUUCAGCAUGUCGACCGCUGAGAGGAAGAGCAAGGACUCUGGGUUCAGUGUCUCUGCCCUCUUUAAGUCCAUGUCAGGGGUGGAGGGGCCAGUGGACAACAAACCAAAGUGCAACGGGCUGCGGUUCUCCUCCUCCUCCCCUUCAUUUGCUGUGUUCAGCCGCACUGGUGGCCAGCUGCAGCGCUUCUCCAAGUCCAAGAGAGACUCCAUCAGGCGGCUGGGUCUGCUCUUCUCCCGCAUGAACGGACACGUCCCAGAGCACAGGGCCCCUCCUCCUUGCAUGCACCAGCCCACCUACAGCAUCUCAGAUGGCCUACUUCAUCAGCCCACAACCUGGCCGGACGUCCAUAUCGCCCCCGAUCCCCAGGUUACAUGCAGCCAGUUUCACCUGGACCGGCUGGGGGUGAACCUGAAAGAGCUACCCCAGGCCCAAGCCCCUACCCAGGCCCCACCCCAGGGUUCACCCCAGCAGGCUAACGGGAGUGACAGCCUGCUCCUACGGCCCCCGAGCCUCUCUCUGCCGCCCCCGGGUCACUCCCUACCGCCCCCGGGCCUCUCCCUGCCAUCCCUGCACUGUGCUUCUGGCAUCAGGGACUCCAGCAUCAGGGCCUCCAGCUCCCAGGCUGUCCUCCUGGGCUCUAGUGAGGACAUGUAUGAGUCCUGGAUAGGACCAUGUGAUGAGCUGGACUCUUCAGAGUGGUGGGCUGAGCAGGACUCCAUCACCACACAGCUUUAGAGACACCCGCCACCCACAGAAUAAUGUAGGACAGCAAACUACAAUAUGUUCAGGUCACACUGCUGAGGACAGAGAAAAAAAGUGUCUGACACAAGUAUUCAAAACCCAGGACUAAUUUUCUCAAAGAUAUCAUAGGAAGAUUCUAAACAUGUAAUGAAAAAAAUAAAAAAAAACAUUAUUUAUUGCAAUAUAACUAUGUUUGCAUACUGCCACCUACCUGUGAUGCUUAGAUCUUUGUUUGUGGAUUGUAAGUUCACUAUCCUCUCUCAACACGUGUUCUCAUACAGUUUCUGCCCAGUUAAUUCUAUUUUACCUAUCAACUUAUCACUGAGACAAGGGGGUCAUAUACACAGGUCAGCUAUUACCAUUGUCCAAACUUCUACUCUCUUACAAAUAUGUUUAAUCUCUUGUUGCAAGUUUUUCUAUUGUCUUUUACCAGACUGUUUAGUGUGCCACAUACAGGUAGUGUGCCACAUACAGGUAGUGUGCCACAUACAAAUGCCAGAUGUCCUCUAUACAGUCGUGUGGUCCUUUUGGUACAUCAUAACCUAAACAUGGAUGGUUAAUAUCAUGGUGGAAUAUGUUUAUUUCAGGUUAAAUAUUUUCAAGUUGUUUUUGGACAAUUAACUAAGAAUACUGUCCUCUGUUUUACCAUGAAAGUUUUCUUUUUCUAGUUUCUUGGAAAUAAGUCACUACCCAUUUUUGGCUAUUGAGACAGGAAAUGCAUGAUAUUAGUAGGGGUAGGUUUAUUUAUCCAUAGUUUGAAUGUGUUUAUUUAUAGUCUCAUUUACUUUGGACAAGAUGGUUAUGAAUUAUAAUACUCAAGAUCAAUUUGGCAGAGGACCCCUACGCAAACAAUGAUUCAUAGUUGUUGAAAACAAGCUUGUAUACAAAUACACAUUUUUAUUUGAUAAUUUGAUUAAGCGUUAUCUAUUCAAAUAUAUUAAACCAUAUUUGACUGAUUCUUCGGAAAACUAGGAUUCCAAGACUGGGCCAUUGUGAUAUGAUAGGCUGUAUAGUGGUCAAAUAAAACUGGACUGAACUGUCCAAAAUGUUGAAAUAGCUAUACUCUGGGCUAUUAGUGACAACUCAAUGCAUUCGCUAGUUGCAGUAUUCAGGAUUCACCUUAGAUAAUGUGCCAUCCCAUCAAUUCAAAAUGAACAGUUUAGUAAUUGCAUUUGAUCUUUUGACCAAUCAGAUCAGCAAUUUUGCCCAUAAUUGGGAAAGAUCCGAAUUUGGCUGACUGUGUAAACACAGCCAAGCUCAGUGAACAAAACUGCCUGAGUACCAGUGAGCUAGCACUCUCCAUGGUGCUGAUUAUGACAGGAAGGGUAGCAGCAACAUCGGUCAUGUGCUGUCCAGGGUCCUGGCCCUCAGAUACCAUCAUCGUACCAAAUUACUUCUCUAAAGCAGGGCUCUCCAACCCUGUUUAUGGUAAAUGUUCCCUCCAAUCCUAAUCAAGCGCACCUGAUUCUAAUAAGAAGCUGGUAGAUAAGCUUAAUCAGGUUAGUUCAAAGAUUCUUGAAAGUUGGGGACAAUCCUUGUCCGGCAGGGAAACUUUAUUUAUAGGUGAAUUUUAUAAAGGAAAACAUUUUUUGUAAUUUGUAAAAAUAUUUUUAGUAUUGUUAAUUUCCCUGUCAGGCUCUGUGCCAGGAAAUGCCGCAGUCCUAUCAAAAUGGCUAACUCCCCCCAAAAGUGUUGAAAAUUUUGUUUAUUGCAAUAGCCCUCUGAUUAAGGAAUAUUUUUCUCAAAACUGACUCCUAAAAAACUCAAAAUGAAUCAGAAAUUAGCAGGGUUAGCUAUACCAUCUCCUGAUUACAGGUAUUGCAACAAGACAAGGUAACCCAUACAAAUUAAAUGGAAGUAUGGAGGUAGUUGCCAUUUAUGAAAGUGUUAUUCAAUUCUAUGAGCUAUAGUAGUAAAGGCUAAAUUCAAUAUUUUAUAAAAUAGGUUUAUGAUCCAUGGUAUGACCAUCUUAAAACAAUUACAUAUGUUAGCUUAGUAGAAGCCUCAAAGGAUGAGACAAGCCAACUUUCAAAACAAGUCCUUUUUGGCUAGCCACAGCAGAAAACUAGCAAGCUAGGCAGCUGUUUAGCGUUGUAGUACAUUCACUAAUUUGUUUGUAAACAAUUAACAAGCUAGUUAGCUACCACGUCAUGUUCUUGUCAACCAGUCAGAGUAGCUAGCAAGUAACAAGAUAUGUCAAAAGUCUAAAAACCACUUCAGGGCAAAUAAAUCAGAUUUGACCGUCACAUGCCCAGGAAUCAGAUUUAUGACUUCAAACUACCUAUGCUGAAAUGUGGCUUGAAAUGUCUGAUUCCAUGUGGCUUUUGGCUGUUCAGACUUCAGGAAAAACAGAUUCAAAUCUGAUAUGCCAAAAAAAAGUGGCUUUAGAUAACUCAGUCUAUGGUUCAAAUAUGUUUAAUUAGGUUUUAGAAUCAUAAAGCAACUUAGGAGAAACUAUAUUGCUACUGUGUAUACCGCUUGAAUAAAAGUAGAAAAUAUGCAAUUUGUCAAAUCUGUAAAACAAACUCCUUCAGAGUGCUGAAAGAUCUAAUAGAACGUUUGUUUUUAAUUGGGGAUUUAAAUUAAUACUUUUCCAUAUUUUACAAAUGUUUUUAUUUUAUUGAUCUUGGAUGCAAAAAUAUGUCUGUUUUGAGUAGCUGUUGUCAACUCAGUCAGUAGCUUGUCACCGGUCACUAAUGGCUAACCCCCUUAAGAUACAUUUGUCAAUACUUGCAUCACUGUUCUGCAACACAUGCUUAAACUAUUAAAAUAUUUGUUGUGCUACACCUAA